AUGCUUGAAUUAAAAGUCGAUUCAUACGGCGGAUGUUUAAAUAAUCGUCAAGGUUAUGGAGCUCGCAUGGUAGAUAAUUUUGCUGCAUAUAAAAAUUAUAAAUUUGUAAUUGCUAUUGAAAAUUCAAAUUGUCAAGAUUAUGUUAGUGAAAAACUAAUUUUAGCUGUUUCGUCCGGUUCUAUACCUAUUGUUGCUGGUUUUAAUGGUCGUCCCGACUAUCGAAGAUAUAUGCCUGAGCAUUCAUACAUAAAUGUAUUUGAUUAUUCUUCAAUAAAAGAGCUUGCUAAUGAUUUGAAACGUAUUGGAAGUAAUAAAACAUUAUAUGAAUCUUAUUUGUGGUAUAAAAAAUAUGAUCACGAUAUUUCAAAAUUACGUGAAAUGCCAUUGAAUGAAAAAUUGAAGCAUCUAGCUAAUACUAUUGGCUCAAAUACAACAAUGAUGAUCGACGGUAUUGCAGCCAAAGAAAAAAGUGAAAAUAAAGUUUGUAAACUCAUUCGAUUUGUUCGUCAAACACCUUGGCAAGAGAUUUCUGCACACAAAAGAACAUCACGUGCUGAUUCAUCAAUAGCUUGUUUACCUGGCAGGUACAUAAUGAAUUAUUUUGAUUCGCCUCAAAAAAAUACCAGUACAACAAUUAGAUCUUAA